UGCACCCGACUGUUGGCCCCAUGCAGGAAUGUGAAAACCGGCCUUCUCUCUGCGACCCUCGCCAUUCCUGAAAGCCUACCUGUGGCAUAUUUUGGGACUCUGUUAACUAGGGGAGCGACACAGAGAAGGCGCCUGUGCUGCUUCUGGGGGCACAGACCGGCCAUUCAGAAGAAGCUGAAAGGGCGGCUUCAUGGGCCCAGCUGGGCCCAGCAACAGGCUCUGUCCCCUGAGCCGCAGGAUGAGUGCCCGCUCAAAUCUCCCUGUCCACCCUGCCAAGAGCCCGAGCGUGCACCUCUCACUGAGACCACCAUCGCUGUCGCCAUCGCUACCCCUCAUGUGACCUAAAUGGGACCGCACUCAUCACCACAUUAGUUAACAAACAUCUUUGUUUAUCACUGUCCCUGGGCUUCGGGGAUGGGAGAGGAACUGAGCCAAAAAGGACCCCCAUGCCGAGGUGGCGAGGACAGCCACACAGCACAGUUUGGGAGACAGGAUAUCUGCUGCAGUUUCUGGGGACUGUGCAGACCCCUCCCCCAGGGAGUGGAAGGGAGGUGUCAGCAGUGCGGAUGCCUCUGGGUUGGCAGAGGCGUGGAGGGCUGAGAAUUGGGGUCAGAUGAAACCAAAUGUGAGAAGGCAAAGGGAACAAUUUUUCUUUAACAUAGCCACAAAGGGGAAGAUGUCUUCACUCUGCCCUUGAACCGGCUGGGUAGCUUCAGGCUAGUCGUUGAACCUCUCUGGGCCUCAGUUGUGGCAUACGGCAACUGGGCUGAUAGACUGCCUGACAGGUCUGUGAUCGCACACACAGAAGACUGGCACACAGGAGGGUGGUACGUGGUCGUCAUGACAGUGUAGGGGUGAUGCCAUGGUCGCUGAAGAUGCAGUCGUGGACUAGGUCAGCUGUGCCUGGGGAUCUUCUCUGAAACCAGUGAAGGGCAACAGUGGCAUUCCCCUGCCUCAUCUUCCUCCUCCUGUCUUCUCAUUGCCUCCCGAUGUGAUCCCGCAUGGCUGGUUCUGUUGUGAGGGUGAAGAGGAUUAGCAAAGAUAGUUCAGAUCAUCCCUCAGUCUCCCUAGCUAGCUCUGGCAGACAGCACUGGCACUGUCCCCACUUCCAGAAGAGGUAUGAGGCACAGAGGGGUGCAGCAAGUUGCCUGAGGUCACACCAGCAGAUGCUCUGGCUCCCAUAUCUGCCGUUACCCACCCCGUGUGCUGCCUUGCACACGCUAAACAUGGCUGUGCUAGUCACAGUCUGGGAGAAUUGUACUGGGACGAAGUUAGUGAGAAGGAAGUGCUGGGCAGAUAGCCCUGCUCAGCCCAGCCAGCGGCCUCUGGGAAGAAGGUGUGCGCAGUGAGGAGUCUAGGGAGCAGGCUGAGUGAGGAAACCGGGUUGGGGAUUGUGGGUGAGGAGGACGUAGGAAUGAGGGGCAGUGCAGGGCAAGGGCUCGAGUGUCCCUGGGUGGUAGGUCCAAGUCAGCACGGGCUCCGGCCAAAGCGGCCUCCCCACCCACCUGAGAUUUCCUGAAUUCCAGUUGUGGCUUGAGUUGCUUCUGCAGGCAAAGGGGCUCUUGUGGCCAACUGCUUCCUCCCUCCCUUUCCAGGGACACACACCUCCAUUCAGCCUGGCCCCGCCCCUGGGGGUUGGGGCAGGGGUGCUGUCCCCUGCCCAGUGGGUUGAUAAGACGGGUCCCUCUGGCCCCUCCGGUGUGCCACUGCUGUCCCCGUUGCCGCAACCAUGAAAGUCCCCCCUGGCCCAGUCUUUGCUCUCUGUGGCCUGCUGCUGCUGCUGCUGCUGCUACAGGUCCCUGGGAGCCAUGGCCUCGUCCCUCAGCCCCAAGGGCACCUCUGCCGGACACGCCCCACGGACCUGGUGUUUGUUGUUGAUAGUUCCCGCAGCGUGAGACCCGUGGAGUUUGAGAAGGUGAAGGUGUUCCUGUCUCAGGUCAUCGAGUCACUGGAUGUGGGGCCCAAUGCCACUCGAGUAGGCUUGAUCAACUAUGCUAGCACUGUCAAGCCCGAGUUCCCACUUCGGGCCCACGGCUCCAAGGCCUCGCUGCUGCAAGCUGUGCGCCGCAUCCAGCCGCUGUCCACGGGCACCAUGACUGGCCUGGCUCUGCAAUACGCCAUCACCAAGGCCUUGAGUGAUACUGAGGGUGGGCGUACCAAAUCCCCCGACAUCAGUAAGGUUAUCAUCGUGGUGACUGAUGGGAGACCCCAGGACAGCGUGAGGGACGUGUCUGCGCGCGCGCGGGCCAGCGGCAUCGAGCUGUUCGCUAUCGGCGUGGGCCGCGUGGACAAGGCCACGCUGCGACAGAUUGCCAGCGAGCCUCAGGACGAGCACGUGGAUUACGUGGAGAGCUACAAUGUCAUUGAGAAGCUGUCUAAGAAGUUCCAGGAGGCCUUCUGCGUGGUGUCAGACCUGUGUGCCACAGGGGACCAUGACUGUGAGCAGGUGUGCGUCAGUUCUCCAGGCUCCUACACCUGUGCCUGCCAUGAGGGCUUCACCCUGAACAGUGACGGCAAGACCUGCAAUGUCUGCAGUGGCGGGGGGAGUGGCUCAGCCACCGACCUGGUCUUCCUCAUUGAUGGGUCCAAGAGCGUGCGGCCUGAGAACUUUGAGCUGGUGAAGAAAUUCAUCAACCAGAUUGUGGACACCCUGGAUGUGUCGGACAGGCUGGCCCAGGUGGGGCUGGUGCAGUACUCGAGCUCGAUACGUCAGGAGUUCCCGCUUGGCCGCUUCCACACCAAGAAGGACAUCAAGGCGGCUGUGAGGAACAUGUCCUACAUGGAGAAGGGCACCAUGACUGGCGCUGCCCUUAAGUAUCUCAUAGACAAUUCCUUCACUGUGUCCAGCGGGGCAAGGCCUGGUGCCCAGAAGGUGGGCAUUGUCUUCACUGACGGCAGGAGCCAGGACUAUAUUAAUGAUGCUGCCAGGAAGGCCAAGGACCUCGGUAUGUGUUUCCUGCCUGGCUUCUGGACCCCACUGAUGGCCAGGGAUUCCCAUAGGCACAGUUCUACUGCAGCUUGCUCUGUGACUUCUGAUUAAUGUUUUAAACCCAGAUGACUUCUAGGUGUCUGCUAGAUCAAUUCUCUCUUAUACCCAUGACAAAACUGAGGCUCUGGAGGACGGGGUGGCUUGUUCUAUAGUCCCUUUGUUGCUGAGACUUUCAUCCUUCCCAGCUGUAGUAAUAUCAACAAUAACCUGGAAAGGAGAAUAACAAAGGUUUAUUUAUUUGGGGAUAAACUCACAGUAAGGGUAGCCAUCCACAAUCCUCUGCAAGCACUGGG